AUGCAGGGCCUCAGCGAAGGACUUCUCCGUGCGGCGCCAUCGCGUGCGACAGCAGCAGCAGCAGCAGCAGCAACAGCAACAGCAACAGCAGCAGCAGAAACAGCAGCAGCAGCAGCAGCAGCAACAGGAGCAGCAGCAGCAGCAGCAGCAGCAACAUCUCGUGUUGGUUGGAGCUCGAUUGCGCUUGGUCGUGCCCACUUCUGUGGUGUGUCUGCUGCAGCAGAAACAGCAGCAGCAGCUGCUGCUGCUGCUCCUGCUGCUGCUGCUGCUCCUGCUGCUGCUUCUGACUCUGCUGCUGCUGCUGCGCCGCACAGCAGCACCAGCGAAGCAAACGCUGGCGCUGGCUGCAGCAGCCCUCAUGAUGCAGCAGCAGCAGCAGCAGCACCAUCACCAGCAGCAACAGCAGCAGCAGCAACACCAGAAGCAGCAGCACCACCAGAAACAGCAGCAGCAGCAGCAGCAGCAGCAGCAAUUGCGCUUGGUCGUGCCCACUUCUGUGGUGUGUCUGCUGCAGCAGAAACAGCAGCAGCAGCUGCUGCUUCUCCUGUUGUGCUGCUCCCUUUGUUUCACGAGCUGCGGCUGCAGCCCCGCUUGCCGCAUGCUGCUGCAUUCCGGCACCCAGCAGCAGCAGCAGCAGCAGCAGCAGCAGCAGCAGCAGCAAAACCUCAUCAGCUGCAGCGGUGGUGGCAGGCUGCCCCUUUAGUGCUCGGGCCGCAGCAGCUGCAGCAGCAUCUCCCUCAACUACAGCAGCAGCAACAACCAGAGCAUGGAGGAGUCUACGACACCCAGCCUGGCAGCAGCAGCAGCAGCAGCAGCAGCAACAGCAACAGCAGCAGCAGCAUUUCACUGCAGCGCAAGCGGAUUUCGCGGCAUAUAGAUACUUCUGCAGCAGCAGCAGCAGCAACAGCAGCAGCAACACGAGCAGCAGAAGCAGCAGCAGCAGCAACAGCAACAGGAGCAGCAGCAACACCACGCGAGCUGCUGCGUUCUGCUGCUGCAGCACUAAACGCUUCACCUCACAACAAAACCCUCCAGCAGCAGCAGCAGCAGCAGCAACAGCAGCAGCAGCAGCAGCAGCAGCAGCAGCAGCAGGUGGUGAUGAAUGCGCAGCAGCUAACACAAAUAUUAAAGAGCCUUGCGAGGCUUCGCCUCUUCGAUCGGCUGCUGCACUCCUCCUGGCUGCCACCAGCAGCACCAGCGCCUGCUGCUGCUGCUGCUGCUGCUGCUGCUGCUGCUGCUGCUGCUGGUGCUGCUACUGAUGCUGCUGCUGAUGCUGCUGCUGCUGCUAGUUCUGCGCCUGCAGCAGCCGUUGUAGACGAGCCCCUUGCUGUUCCUGCCGCAGCAUCUGCUGCUGCUGCUGCUCCAGAAGCUGCUGCUGCUGCUCCAGCUGGUGCUGCUACUGAUGCUGCUGCUGAUGCUGCUGCUGCUGCUAGUUCUGCGCCUGCAGCAGCCGUCGUAGACGAGCCCCUUGCUGUUCCUUCUGCAGCAUCUGCUGCUGCUGCUGCUCCAGAAGCUGCUGCUGCUGCUCCCGCUGCUGCUGUUGCUGCUCCAGCUGCUGCUGCUGCUGCUCCAACUGCUGCUGCUGCUGCUCCAGCUGCUGCUCCAGCUGCUGCUGCUGCUGCUGCUGCUGCUGCUGAGCCGGCGGCAGCAGACAGCAGCAAAGCAGAUGGCGCCGUCUUCUCUGCUGCGGGGGCAGUCUUCCCUGCGGCUUUCUACAGGCUGCUGGAGCCAGGCAGCAGCAGCAGCAGCAGCAGCAGCAGCAGCAGCAGCGCGGCGGAUAGUUUGAUUACUAGGGGAGCUCAGGAGCUGCAGCAGCAGCAGCAGCAACAGCAGCAACAGCAGCAGCAGCAGCAGGAAUAUACCCCUUGGCAUUUGGCUCUGUUAGGGCCUUCUGCUUGCGACUCUCCGCAGCAGCAGCAGCAGCAGCAGCAGCAGCAGCAGCACGGAGUACUGCAGCAGCAAAUACAGCAGCAGCAACAACAGCAGCAGCAGCAGCAGGGCGUUCAGCAGCAACAGCAGCAGCAGCAGCAGGAAUAUACCCCUUGGCAUUUGGCUCUGUUAGGGCCUUCUGCAUGCGACUCUCCGCAGCAGCAGCAGCAGCAGCAGCAGCAGCAGCAGCAGCAGCACGGAGUACUGCAGCAGCCAAUACAACAGCAGCAACAACAGCAGCAGCAGCAGGGCGUCACAGGUGUUGGAGACCCUGCUGCUGCUGCUGCUGCUGCUGCUGCUGCUGCUUGUGUGAGCCACAUCGCUUUGUCUUUGGCUCUGGAGCUGUCUCUUAUCUUUGCUAGAGACCUACGCUGCAUCCUGCAGCAGCAGCAGCAGCAGCAGCAGCACCAGCAGCACCAGCAGCUGCAGCAGCAGCAGCAGCAGCAGCAAGACAAGAGGCUAAGAGGGGUCUUUCUUAGACCCCAGGAGAUGGCGAGGGCUGCACUACACUGCGCCGUCCUCUUCUCCCCCUGGCUGCGCAGCAGCAGCAGCAGCAGCAGCAACAGCAACAGCAGCAGCAGCAGCAGCAGCAGCAGCAGCAAGAGCAGCAGGGCUGCUGCUGCUGCUGCUGCUGCUUGUGUGAGCCACAUCGCUUUGUCUUUGGCUCUGGAGCUGUCUCUCAUCUUUGCUAGAGACCUACGCUGCAUCCUGCAGCAGCAGCAGCAGCAGCAACAGCAGCAACUGCAGCAGCAGCAGCAGCAACAGCAGCAGCAGCAGCAGCAGCAGCAGCAGCAAGACAAGAGGCUAAGAGGGGUCUUUCUUAGGCAGCAGCAGCAGCAGCAGCAGCACUAG